AAUUAAGAGUCUCCUCUGAAUCAGAAAGUUGCUGGUUAAUAAGACCAUGAUCCACUUCAUGAACUUCCUGUGAACAAAGAAGUAAGAGGGAGAGAUGAUGGGGCCAUGUACUUCAGCAGCCAUGAGCCAGCACAUUGGGAAACUCUAUAGAUCUGCAGUGUCUUCAUUCAUCUUCUUCUUGGUGGUGGAUUUAGGAGUUACUGGUGGAGGUGCAAACAAGGAGAAUGCAGCAGCUGUGACUCAUGUAACAGCACAGCCCUUGUUGUUGACACCUGAGCCUUGGAACCUUUUGGUGACUCAAACACCAGCCAAGGAGAAAGCCAAAGAAGGUGAAACUGUGACCUUGAACUGUCAUCUUAACAGCCCACAGCAUCCCUCUCUGGCCGACCUGAUGGUGAAGUGGUACAAAGAAGAUGAAAAAGGGCAGAUGGACCUGCUAGAAAAGAAUGUGACCAUCUUGCCAAAUAACUCCAGGAUCUUUACGAGUGGAGACUUGUCCCAAGGGGAUGUUUCCCUGAUUAUCCUCAAUGUGACAACCAAUGACCAUGGUAUUUAUUUCUGUGAGGUUACACUUCCGGAUGGGAAGGUGGUGACAGGAGAUGGCACAAAACUCAGGAUCAGGAGGGCUCUGGGCUUGUUUGGUAUAGAAGAAUCCAUUGGAACAAUCAUUGGGGUUGUGGCAGCGGGUAUUGGAGGCAUAGUGGUUCUGAUUAUUGUUUUAACCCCGCAACUGAGGAAGUGCAUCCUCUGCAUGAGACAAGAGUCUCGCCAAAGACUGGCCCCUCCAGUCUGGAAAUGCCCUUUGCUGCACCCGGGUCAGAGUGGUGCUAAGCUUUUAAUAACCUGCUAACAUUGGGUUACACCAACACAAACAGAGGCAGCCAGCACCACGGCAGAGCACCGCUCAUCAGCGAUGGCAAACAAACACAACUGUGCCACCUGGCUGGGAAACAACCUGCUCAUCGUGCCCGGGCUACGAGACAGCCCUAAUGGCUACAGACAGCUCCGGCUGGUCCGCAGGGAUCAGCUGGCCAGACCCCUGCUGUUGAGCAAAUGCCAGUAAGGUAAGAAUUUGUCACAUUGUGUUUGUCACAUCAACAGCACCCUCAUUGCUGUGUGUCUUUUCCUUUUGCUUUAACGUUGCGACAGAGGGGAAAUCUUACGCUUCCCUAUGGGUUUGCCAGGAUUUAACAGUUGGACGCAAUGAUCUUAGAGAUCUUUUCCAACCUUAAUGAUCCUGUGACUUAGAUGAGUCACAGAGGCACCCUGCCUUUCAUGAUGUUUUCAGGGAAGUGCUGAGCACCCUCAGGUCCUACUUUAUAUCACAGGUGCUGCAGCAAUCCAGGAGAACAGAAAGAAGGAGAAACAAACCUAUUGACUCUAUGUGGAAGAAAUGUCAUUAUGCCUUGAAGUGAUGGAACUGUGAGAGUGGAACAAAAGGGAGAAGGUAAUUACUGACAACACCACAUCAAAGUCAGUAUGUGGAACAAACCUUAUAAAAGGAUUACCCACUCAAUGGCUUUUUUUCCUUUUGCACAUAAAAGAGAGGUGCUUAGAAGCACUCUAGCCCUGUCUAGACAGAUUGACUGAAUUACACACAGGAAAAUUACUCCUUUUGUAAAGGUCUCUGUAACAAACCUAGAAGGUCAAGGCAGUGAAUAAUUUCAAACAGUAUUUGUCACUCACAGCCAGUAGUUUUAUCACUCUCUUUUUUAGAAUGGCAAAUAUGGAAAAUAAUGUGGUCACUUUGACAGGUGUGGGGUACUCAACCACACUAAUCAUUGCAGUAGUUCUUAGCAACAGAUAUCAGUAUUUCUCUAACAGAUAGAAAUGGAAAUUUUUAGGGCUAAAUCUAGUGUGGCAUUGCUGAUUCUUCCUAGCUAAGAACCUAAAUAAAACUCAUAAGUUUUUCUACAGUAGCCAAGCAUUGUAGCUAAGGAAUGAUGAUGAAUGUACUUAGAGGAUCAAGCUUCCCUUUUACAAACUAUCUGAUAUUUUGAGGUAUUUCCACUUGCAAAGUCUCAUUUUCUGCUUUUAGGAUAAAAUCCUAAAUUCCUCUGUGGAAUUUAAACAAUAGCAGAAACACUGGCUGAUGAACUCGUGGCCAUAUUUUACUCUCUCUUUUUCAGGAGUGCUGACUCCCCCUGCAUCUCCCAGGGUCACAAGUUUGGAUGUCACUCAGCCUCUAUGGAAAACAGCUUUUAAGUCACUCUGUUCAGCUUCUGCUCUACUCCAAUAAAAGCAGUACUCCAAAUUAGUGAAGUCAUGUUUUACU